AAAACAAAAAAUAACUUGCGCGCGCAGUCGCGGUGGCGCAUUAUAAAUACACUAGCGAGUCCACCGAGGUUAAGUUGUCAGCAGAGCACAGUGGUCGUAUGAUGGCGCAACAUGUCGGCUGUUUGCAAUUUGUGCCGGCAACGAUUCUUUUACUACUUGUUCCCGUGUUCGUCGGCCAGCUAGCGAAUGUAAACGCAUCAACGACGACGAAUUACGGUGCUGUCGGUCACGAUGACGUUUUGCCGCGCAUUGUUCAGUUCGCGGUUCAAUCGGCGCGCGUGAUAACGGCGGACACCGUCGCGUUGUCGGCACUGCCUUUGGGCAUCUUUUCCAGUGAUCAACAUUUCCUUGUCGAGUUCCUAGGCACUGAUCUCAGCCGCAAUCUCGCGCUACGAUGGUCGCCAUCGAGUCAACUUUGCCCGGAGGAUUCGAACAACACUCUGGACGCGGUAUGGAUGUCACCGACAAACAACCGCGUGAUCUACAAAUUUCGGACACUUCCCGACGCGGAGGUUACUACCAUUUAUUUUUGUCUGAAAAACAACAGUAUUGGUGGCGAUGAGAAAUGGAGCAAUAUCGGAGAUUACGUUUCCAUAAAAUUCCGAGCGGGAAAAUCUUUUCGUUCGCGACGGAGUGAAGCUCCGAAGUUACCUCUACUUCAAACUCCGCAAAACUAUAUGGAUAUACAUAUCAAAGGAUUGCGCAUAGAGAUGGCCGACAAGGAGCCCAUUUACGGCGAAGACGGAAUCCCCGAAAUUCUCGUCGGGAGUAAAGCAGUGAUCCGAUUAUUCGGCACUGGUAUCACGGAUGAUACGGUGAUUACAUUCACCGACGGAGAGGCGGAAAGAGGCGCCGUUUGCGACAAAAUUAAAAGUAACGAGUUUCAAGUGGAAAAAGUAGAGGACGCCACAGCGAUUAUUCACGUAAAACUUCCUCUGAGCACCGAGCCGUUCUAUGUAUGCGCAAAACGACCGAAAUACGAAAAGGAAAAGUUGGAGAAAGAUAUUAUUCUGUUUAAGCAUCAAGGCACUAAACCUUACAAUGCUAUCCGCACGUACGACAAAAUGCUGCCGCUCUGGGUUACUAUCUGCAUUAUUCUCGUUUGUCUCAGUUUGUCCGCCCUUUUCUCCGGUCUCAAUCUUGGUUUAAUGGCGAUAGAUAGGACCGAAUUAAAAAUACUCGUCAACACCGGCACGGAAAAAGAGAAAAAAUACGCGAGAACUAUUCAGCCAGUAAGAAAUCAUGGAAAUUAUCUUUUGUGUUCGAUUCUGUUUUCUAAUGUUCUUGUCAAUUCUCUGUUCACGAUAUUGUUGGACGGAUUGACAUCCGGAGUCGUCGCUGUUCUCUGCUCGACGGUAGCUAUUGUCAUUUUUGGUGAAAUUACACCACAGGCUAUUUGUAGCAGGCACGGAUUGUGUGUCGGCGCAAAGACUAUUUAUCUGACGAAAAUAACAAUGCUAAUCACUUUUCCAUUAAGUUAUCCAAUUAGCAAGCUUCUUGAUGUUAUUCUCGGCGAAGAGAUUGGAAACGUGUAUAACAGAGAACGCUUGAAAGAACUGGUCAAGGUAACGAACGAAUACAACGAUUUAGAGAAAGAUGAAGUAAAUAUAAUUGCAGGAGCGUUAGAACUGCGGAAGAAGACUGUAGCGGAUGUAAUGACCAGAAUUGAAGAUGUAUACAUGUUGAACUAUAAUGCUACUCUAGACUUUGAAACUGUAUCUGAGAUUAUGAAAUCAGGUUUUUCACGUAUACCGGUAUAUGAAGGUAUAAGAACGAAUAUAGUAACGUUGCUAUAUAUCAAAGAUCUCGCAUUUGUCGAUCCUGAUGAUAACAUGCCAUUGAAGACGCUAUGCCAGUUUUAUCAAAAUCCAUGCAACUUUAUUUUUGAGGAUGUUACAUUGGAUAUAAUGUUUAAACAAUUUAAGGAAGGACAUAAAGGCCACAUGGCUUUUGUGCAGAGAGUUAACAACGAAGGUGAAGGUGAUCCGUUUUACGAGGUGAUUGGUUUGGUUACAUUGGAGGAUGUUAUCGAAGAAUUAAUUCAGGCUGAGAUUAUUGAUGAGACAGAUGUGUUUACGGAUAACAGGAGUAAACGUAAGAGGCAGGUUCGUGUGAAAGUGCCAACGGACUUUACUCUUUUCGCGGAGAAGAAGGAAAAUCAACGAAUUCAUAUCUCUCCACAGUUGACGCUAGCAAUGUUCCAGUACUUAUCAACAACUGUGGACUCUUUUAAGCCAGACAUUAUAUCAGAGACGAUUCUGCGGCGUUUACUGAAGCAAGAUAUUAUUUAUCACAUUAAAGUGAAGUCGCGCGAGAAAGCUAAAGCCGAUUCCGCCGCGAUAAUUUACCAGCAAGGGAAAGCAGUUGAUUAUUUCGUGUUAAUUUUAGAGGGUCGCGUCGAAGUGAUGGUGGGGAAAGAGAAUAUGAUGUUCGAAAGCGGUCCCUUCACAUAUUUCGGAUCGCAAGCUCUCACUGCUAACAUUGGAAUGGAAUGUAUUUUGUUUCUAGCUGAAUCGCCAACGAACGCGAAUCCGCAGACAGUUGGAAGCAUCCAAUCUGUUAAUUUGGAUUCUAUGUUGCGUCACACUUUCAUACCGGAUUACACGGUGCGCGCGGUGACCGAAGUAUUCUACGUAAAAGUCAAAAGGUCUCUGUACCUCGCCGCCAAGCGUGCUACGCUUUUGGAAAGAAGCCACAAAGAUCCAUUGCCUAAUGCUCAAGAACAGUUUGAUGAUGAAGUGGAAAAGUUGCUGCAUUCUCUGGAGGAGGACGAUCGCAGUGUACCUGAAUCUCCGGUGUUUUCCGCAGACAAGACUACAGAACACGAAAAGGCGAAGGACGCGGUUACUCACUCGCCUGUACGCAGCGUAACGGCACCGACAUCACCGUUGCCAGUCAGCGCCAGUCCGAUCACCAAUUCGAAAUUCAUCUCGCCGCGAAACGAUGCAAAAAUAAAAAUACCAACAAAGGUACAAACGAGUCCAGGAGAAGCUCAGGCUAAACGCGAUUCGCUAAAUACAUUGGACGCAGAUAUCCUCGCCCGACAGUCAGAAGUAGCACGUGUGUCUGUCGCAAAGAAGGUGAACGACGAUGAGGAACGAACAAAUCUCUUGUCUAAGCAAGAUCAUUCUUAACGCUUGCAGAAUGGCCGACGAUAUUCAGUUCUGUCGGCUACAUCAAUAACGUUAAAAGCAUCGAGUAACACAGAGCGGAACAUGCUGGCAUGACACAUUUUGCUACUGUGGCACUAGGUACUUCACGAAUUAUUUAGAUAUUUAUCAUGAGAGAUACUUCAUAUUUUUAACAAUUGGCUUAGAGGCUGUACCCGACUAUGAUUUCCGUAAAUUACUAUUUCAAUUGUUUCACUGAUAUAUCAAAAGUCAUAUUAUUGAUAGUUUACGUGAAGAAGAGAAGAAUACAUAAUCGAUUAUUAUCAGUAGCAUUUAAUAAGUAAGUAAUGAUAAAAUUCAGAUAUACUCAUGAUUAAAGACUAUUCUAUCUCUUUAAAGCUUAUCUAAGUAUAUGCGCUCGUAUAAAGAGAAUUGCUUUAGUAACGCGUUAGUUUUCUUCUUUAGGCAGGAAGAACUGCUUCCAUUUUUGCAGUUGCAAAUAUAUAUAUAUAUAUAUAUAUAUUUGUAAAUAUAUAUAUAUAUAUUUGAUAUCGAUAUA